AUGCUGUCGCACCUCCGCUUUCACCGACGCGGCCCAUCGAAUCCGACGUCGUCGUUGCCUGAUCGAUCCCCCGCCCGAGAUGGCGCUGCUGCGCAACACGAACAAUUGCAAGCGGCGCGCGAUGUCUCACCACGUCCGGAUGCCUCGCAACGGUCAUCUAAUUCUGUCGAGAAACCGCCUAUAUUGCCCCCGAUUCCACGCGUCGCAUCGCCUACCAACGACGAGGAUUCGAGUUCUCGCAAUAAUGCCCAAUCCAUCGCCCAAGCAAUCGCGGCGGAGCCGCGCAAGUCCUCUGCCGGCUCCUCGCACGGUAAUACUAGCACGCCAUCCUUCAUAGGCGGCGUGGCCCUCCAGCGCGCCAUGCAGAGCUCACAAUCGACGGAUGCCACCUCUGUCAUGUCUACUCCAGUUCUGCCGAGCCAGAUUUCUCGGGUCAAACACCCUCCGCCACCGAUAACCACAACGCUUCCCACAGAGACGCCGUUGACAACAAGCAAGCGAUCAAAGUCGAAGACAUUCGCCGCGCUUACUGCUCCUGAGCCCCAUAAACCGAAGAAAGGCUUGCCGUUUUUGAACUCUGUGGCAUCAUUGCUGGGCAGAAGAAAGACUAGUCAUGGCACCCCUGAUCCACAACCAGCCCCGAGCUACGACCCGAGGAUUAAAGGUACGAAAGUACAUGAUUUUAGUGCACCCCGACCCAGGAACACACCGCCGGCCACGAAGCCGCCUGUCACCGACAAGUCCCAGAGUGCGUCGCUGGCGAGUCGGCCAACCAGUCUCGUUGAAGUUGCGUAUCCACAACCAGGUCCCCAAGAUUGUACUGCUCAUUCGACCACAGACGGCGUAACUGCUGUGCCUGUUGCUCCCGCUUCGCAGGAAGGAAGUGUUCCAGAUGACACACCGUUGGAGCCAUCACAACACACAGAUGGAGCGGCGGCUAGCACGGAUAUUGCAGCAGCCACAGAGGCCGAUGUGGUUUCCGCGUUGCCAGACACGUCAGCAUCCGUGAGAACUACGCGCAACAUUUCCAAGGCCUCAAAACGCAGCUCUGUCUCGUCCUCACUUCCGAAGCACAUGAAGAGUACCUCUUCUCGAUUCAGCUUCGACAUGAUCGGGGCUGCCAACCAAGAAAAGUUGCUGGAAGAACGCCACAGGCAGAGGGCAAGAGAAAAGGGUCUCACGAAUGACGACUGCCGUGGCAGCUCGAGUCUCGAUUACUACGAUGACGAGUUCGACUACGAUGCCAUGAUGGAUGAUGACGGUCUGGAGGAGAAAAUUCCGGGCAUUAAUGCUGAUCUGGAAGAGGAGGAAGAGGAUUAUCUCACUGGGGAAGCCGAGCAGCAGAACUUGGCUGGCUUUGUGUUUCAGAACUCGACACCUGCUUCGGCGCUUGCUAGCCCGCUCUCUUCAGCAGUUCCCAUGACUCCUCGGGAUGUAGAUGGGAAUGUCAUUGGCUGUGCAGUGACCAAGGAUUUGACGCCCGAUCCUUCCACAGUAGCAUCUCCUGUGUUGCCCGUUCCCCCAGCGUCGCUUGGGUCACAAGUUCCUGUUGAAGGCAUGGACACUGCAGUACAAUUGCUACCCCCUGUAGCCGAUCCUCCUCCCAAGCCGAAAGACCUUGGAAUGUUUGAUGACGUUUUCGACCAGGACCUGGCGGACGAGCUAGAUUUUAGCAACGAUGGUACGCACUUUGACGAGUCCAUCUUCGACAUCGAAGAUACCGAUCAAUACGGGCGGCCCAUCCCCGGUGCCUUCCAGAAGGCCAAGGAGGCCAUGUAUGCCCGUCAGCGUGAACAGCUCGCAGCAAAACGUGAGUCUAGUAUGACCACGACCGAUGCCUCAGCACAGUCCGGCGUUGCCCAGUCUACGGCACACACAUCCUUGAGCGUUGCUCCCCAACAGCAAGACCCCCCGUCUUCCGAGCAAGACAACAAAGACGGCUCCGUCUCCCCUAAAUCACCCGUCUCCUCGGCCCCAGGACCGAUCAGCCUCUCGACCCAGGACCUCGCCUACCAGGCCGCCCUCGCCGAAGCCGCCCAAAAAGCCGCCGCCUCAGGCAAAUUCCGCCGCGACUCCUCUCCCGAGCCCCCCUCCUCCGACCUCCAACAACCAAACACCCAGCAGCCCGCAGCCGGCACCGUUACCCCACCUAAUCAAUAUGAUGACUACGAAGACGAUGCCGACUUCGGCUACACAGCCAUCUGCGACGAUGACUAUGGCGCCGCCGAUGACGCCAUCAUUGCCGAGGCAAAUGCCACCGCCCUCGCCAACGACCACGAAGGCUUUUACGGCCAAGAAUUCGGCUUCUACUCUGCGCCGAUUCCGCAGCCGGGGUAUUACUACACGCAUCAUCUCAAUAACAUGAACUCUGCCGACCCAAACAACCCCAACACUGUCCCAGGAAACCCCCUCUUCGAGUACGCUAACGGGGGGUAUUUCGGCCCAACCUCUCUUAUGCGCACGCACUCGGGGAGGGUUGUUUCGCGCGAGCCGAACUUGACGCCUAUCACGGAACGGUCGGAGUAUAGUAAUCGCAAUUCGGUCAUGUCGUUUACCCUUCCUCCGGCCAUCGGCGAUGGUCCGAAUACUGGAACCGGCGGUCGCAACUCUCUGAGUAGUGCUGGUGCCGCGAACCCGAAUCUGGCGCAACUGGCUCUAUUGCAGGAUGAUGAUGCCAGCUUGCCGGGGAUGCAGCAGAUCUUGAUGAUCCGUCGCGGCUGGGGGGCUGGUGGGGGUUCUCAGGGGAGUUCACGUGAGGGAAGUCCAAGGUCGGAGAGGACUCCUGCAAGCGAGAUGGGAUUUGGACAUGCGCGCGUUGGGUCGGGGUUCAGCAUCAGGAGUAACCUCUCCGAUGUGGUUGCUGGUGUAGGUGGUGCCGUGCAGGGGAGUGGGGCAGCCAGUCCUGUUAUGGGCGCCGCUCCCGUCACAGGACUCAAUGCCUUCGCGGGGGCGACGGGAACACCGCCUUAUAGGCCAGGGAGCGCUGGAGGGUUGGCGCCGAAUACACUGGCGUCACAGCGGCCAGGUCUUCCUCAAUCACCGCUUUUCAUGUCAAGUUUGGGGCCGGUGGCGGCGCCGGCUUCACCUCAGCAAGUUCCCGUUAGUCCUGCUGCUGCUGUGCCGAAUGCUGGAGUGUCAAGCUGUGAGACUGUUAUGGAGGGAGAGGAGGUUGAGGGGGGCGAAAAGGGAGAGGGCCAGGGAGAGGAGAAGCCUUGUUUAUUGGCGCCAUCAGCCAUGCCGCUUGGGAUGAAGAGUGCUCCUGAUGGCGUCGCAAGCGUAGCUAAGGGUGUCGAGAAAGUAAAACUUGAGGAGAAGGAGGAGCAGGAGGGGACUUAG